AAAUCAAUUUAACGUCCAGUCCAAACAACCCCCUCGAAGAAAGAAAGAAAUUUCCAUUCAAAUAACUCUCCAGGUCACUGCGAUUCUCCAAACGAAUCCCAUCAUGGCCGACGUCCCAUCUCCCAUCCCGCCCUCCUUCAAAGACUCCCCCUCCAACGCCAUGGCCAACGAUUCCACCCCCAACAGCGCAGCCGCGAACACCCCCACCGCCGAAUCGAACAUCCCCGUCCCCAACGUCCGGCCCGGGGGUGCCCCAGCCCGAGUCUACAUGAAUGAGAAGAUUGUGCCGUAUCUCCUGGAGGGAAUGAAGAGUGUGACGAAGGAACAACCUCCGAAUCCGCUGCGUGUGCUGGGCGAAUUCCUUAUUCAGAAGAGUAACGAGGUGGAAGGUGGUGGUAAAUCUCCUGAGUAGAUUGUGGGGAUGGACUUGGGGUUUGGAGUGGGAUGCGGCCUGGGUUGGGAUUUGUUUCCUCCUGCUUAGGUCGGGGGCGCUUGUCUGAGUGAUUGGUUAGCUGGGAUGCUGUGCGCUAGGUAUCAUGGAUGGAUUUAUAUUGGAUGGGUGAGGCAGUGGAAUUGGUUGAGGGUUGUGAAGCUUGAAGGUUGGGUCGUUUGUGGUGUUCAUGGGAUUGGAUUGGGUUUACGGCUUGGACUUGGAACUUGAGCUUUCGGGCUGAUUUUACUUGGGAUUUUUGAGAGUUUAUGAUACCAUUUUUGUAGUUUUUAUUAGAUAUGGCAAAUAUAUAAAAGUUCGCUU